AUGGCCAACCUCUUGGAGUACCGCUCCCUUACCAGGGUGAACGCUCAUGAAGCUCUCCGCACGUCCGAGCGCGACCGGAGGCCUGAAGAAAGGGCUGGCGACCGGGGAGGGUUGCUUGCUCCCCCGCUCGUCCCUCGACACCCUCGCGCGAACAAGCCCUUUGCUGUACAGCCCACAAUGGCCCUCGACAACGACGGGGCCGCCAUCACCGGUUUUAUGUGCGAAAGCCCGCUUUGGGGAGCAUACGUCGUCCUCUUCGUUGUUUCCGUCUUUCUUCUCCUUAGUAGCUCUCGAAGCCUGAACCUGCCCAUUUUUGUCGCCAACACCAUCCUCUUUUCAUUAUGCACCACUCAUUUCUUCCUCGAGGCCAAUCACUUUUACACCACUGUGCUCACGACUGGAGUGCCCGGAUAUGCGGACGAAACAACGAAACUCCUCGUCGCCGAUAUUAUCAUCUCCCUCAGCGACCUUCUCGGCGUUCUCAUUCUUCUUUACCGCUGCUGGAUCAUCUGGUCGAAGCGCUACGACAUCGUCAUCCUCCCCGCUAUCUUGGCACUCACUGGCUUCGCAUGCAUAUUGGGCGUCGCUAUUCUCGUCGUAACCACCGAUCCAACCGCUCCCUCCCCAUCCCCCGCAAUCGUCCCCCUCGGACUAGCAGGGUACACCCUUCCCCUCAUCACCAACACCAUCACCACCGGCCUCAUCAUUACGAAGCUGCUCCUCACCUCCCGCCGGUCUCCAGUCGCCCCGGAUGAAGAGGCCCGAAGCGCGGUUCGGAGCGCAGUGCUGCGCGCAAUCGCCGUCAUCGUCGAGAGCGGGCUCCUCUACCUGUCCACGCAAGCAACCUUCGUCUGUCUCUUCGCGCUCGGGCACCCCGCGCAGGCGAUCAUCGCCGUCGUGGCCGCCCAAGUCUACGGUAUCACCCCCACGCUGAUGAUCAUCCAAGUCGCACUUGGGGCCCGCGAGCCCGAGAGGUUCAUCGAGACCGACGGCACGUCGCGCGCGGGGUUCGGCUCUUGUUCGGCGAUGCGCCGCGCGUCGAGCGCGUCCGCGUAUGCGUCCGAGAGCCGCGACAGCCUCAGGCCGCUCCCCGGGCUGUCGCGCAAGGCGUUCCUCUCCGGGGCGUCCUCCGCCGUUGCGCCGACGAUCGACAGUGCGCGGACGCUCACGACGGAGGGCAUCGAGGAGUGCGAGGAGUGCGACGGAAGCCAGUUGCGGUUGCAGACGAUCGACUUCGACGAGGACUUCGCGAUCGCGUUGUAG